UACCUAGUGUGAGUAUACGGUAUUGAACUAUAAAUCUCCAUCUCAUUUUCACCUUCUUCUACGAACUUCUCCCAGCCCUCGGCAUUGCCAGCUUUCCCAGACGUGAUUGUCGAGCUCCAGCCACUCCCAAUUUCACGAUGUCAGAAGAAGCACCCUUCCGACCACGUGAGAAGCUUGUCGAGAAGCAAAAAAUUUUCCAAAGCGUCCACAAAUACACAUAUCUGAAGGGACCAUAUGAUAAGAUCACCUCUGUCGCUAUUCCAGCUGCUUUAGCUGCAACUUCUUUGUUCCUUAUUGCCCGAGGAGUCUACAACAUGUCACAUGGGAUUGGAAAGAAGGAAUGAGGCGGCUCUUAAAAGUCACCAUUGGCUGGCAACCAAAGUGCAUAAAUUUAUGUG